AUAUAUAUAUAUAUAUAUAUUUUUUUUUUUUUUUUUUUAAUUUAUGAUAUAAUAUCUAUAUUUCAUUUACAUUUCGAACGGUGCUCUUAUGAUGAGAAGAUCAAAACUGAAGCAGUAGGAUAAAUUUUGUAUUUAAAAAAGAAAUCCGGCAAUAAAUUUUCUAAAUUUCAUACUCUCCAUAGGUACAAUAUUUCUACAGUAUGUGCACAAUAUCAAACAUUUAUUGUAAUUUAAUCGCUAUUUCAAGACACCCUGUAUAAACGUAGAAAUCUAUACUCUAUCAAAAUUUAUCACUGUUUAAUACUCAUUUGAAAAAAGUAUUAUAGAACUGUUAAUAAUAUUGAAUGUAUUUAUGAUGAAGUUAAUAUUAACAAUACUGACAAAGUUUUUUUUCAAUAAUAUUAGUACCAGAAAGAACGUGCCGCAUUAAUUUUUAUAUCGUGCUUAUGAUUCUAGGAUAAAAGUGAAUUUUUUUAUAUGUUUUAAUUCUGAUCCGGUGAGUAGUAGGGGGUAAGUAUUUUAAUUUUACUAUUUAUUCAUAUUGACAUCAAAAAAGAUACUAUAUUAUCUUAGAUCGAUAAAUGUAAAAUAAUGAAGUAAUUUAUAGUUCUUUUUUUUUUUUUCUUCUUUUUUUUAUCAUCAAUUUUAUAAUGCCACAACGUUAUUCGUUAUUUGAGAGAAAUAAAAUGAGUAUAAAUAUGAAAAUUAUCACAAUUUUGUAUUUUUACUACAGAACAUUUAAUGUUAAUGAUAUAAAUUUUAUAAAGAAAGGAAACAAAUUGUGAGAAAAUAAAUAUAAAAAAAAUAUUGUAUAAACUAUUUAAAUUCACAAAUUCAAUUUUCUUACGUACGUAAUUGGUAACUAUCAACGAAUCAAAAGGAUCCUUUAAUUGACCAAUCGCAUUGAAACACAACCUCUUGGUAUAAGAAUUGAAUAUUCCAAUAAUAGUUCUUCUAUGCAAAGCUUGAUUUUAUUCGUUGACGAAUUCAUUGUCAUUGUUAUUGUCAAAUUUUGAUGUUAAAUUGGUAUUGUUACAUUCUAUGUCAGUGACUUUUUCAUUUAGUUUCGUUUUCACUAUAUCGGCCAUAAUUAAUAUGAUAUUUUUGUUAUACUCAUAAGAAUGGCUUUAAUUUAUGUGAACAAAAUGUUUAGAUUAUUUGAUUACUCGAAGAUAAAAUAUCGAUUUUUAUGAUUAUAAAUCGAAAUGAAAAUUGAUUUCUAAUAAAAAAUUACUAUAUAUUUUGUGACAUACGAACAGUUUUACAAUCAAUUACAAUGUUGUCGCGAAAAAAUAAAGACUUAAGAACAAUAAAAGAAGGAGUUGUAGGCAAAUAUAUUAAGAAAGAGACACCGCCUGAGAUGCCAAUUAUCAAUGUAUGGACGACAGAACCAAACAGAAGAGUAAGACGACGAAAUCAUCCUACAAUACCAUCAUCGAUGUCUAUUCCACAACAACCAAGUAUAGUACAAAAAUUUGGAAAUACAAAAACUACAAUGAGCGCUGUUGGAUUAGGUAGUCACGAAGGAAAAUAUACUCCAAAUAGUUCAGUCCCAGACUUAGCGCAAAGAUUUGCAGGUCUCUCUGUUAAUACUGGAUUAAACGAAGGUAUGUCUUCUCGUACUGCUACACCAUUAUAUCAUUCAGGAUUAUCACCUGCUGUAUCACAUACUUAUGUCAAUCAAUAUGCUGGAUCUGAAUAUCAUCUGGACCGUGUUCAGACACCACAAGUGCCUUAUUUACCAUUUGAUGUAGAUACAGGUUAUGAAGAAUAUAAUCAGUCAGUAUAUCGUCAAAAUGCUGGAUAUAGUAGAUGUCAGUCAGAAAGAUCAAGUUCUAGAAGCGAACAACAAGAAGAAUUACCUUUACCGCCUGGUUGGUCGGUAGAUUUUACACUUAGAGGUAGAAAGUAUUAUAUAGAUCAUAAUACAAAAACUACUCAUUGGUCGCAUCCUCUAGAAAAAGAAGGUUUGCCCACUGGGUGGGAAAGAAUAGAAUCACCGGAAUAUGGUGUCUAUUAUGUUAAUCACAUAACAAGACAAGCGCAAUAUGAGCAUCCAUGUUAUCCGCACGAAGUACAAGCUAUAAGAGUAGUAUCACCUCCUAGACAUACACAUUUUCAUUCUCACAGUGUCUUAGUACCAGCGAAUCCGUAUCUUAAUGAAGAAAUUCCUCAUUGGUUAUAUGUGUAUAGUAGGGCAUCCAUUGCAUUAGAUCGUAAAUUACGAUGGGAGCUCUUUCGUUUACCAGAACUUGAUUGUUUCAAUGCAAUGCUGACAAGACUUUACAAACAAGAAUUGGAAGAAGUAGUUAUGAGAUAUGAAGAAUACAGGUCAGCUUUGUUAUGUGAAAUGGAACAAAGAUUGAAAGAUUUAAAUCCUGAAACAGGAAAUUCUUCGUCAGGUGCAAUAGCUUUACGACGAUCUCUUCCUUAAGUUUCAUAUGAUAUGAUUGCAGGCAAUUUAUCUAUUGUUAUUGACUGAGUUAUUGGUUCCUUUGUUAAAUUAAUGUAUCAACGAAUAUCCUGAUAUUCUUUAAAUUUGUAAAUAACAAAUAAUACUUAUUAUUUUAAUUAUAUUUUAUUAUUAUAUACAUCUAUCUUAUUAUUAUUAUGCUUUAUAAUAAAAUUUAGAAGUCAGAAUCUUCAUCAUUAGAAGUA